AAAAGAUUAAGAAAAAAAAAUAUGGUAGAUAUCGUAGUAAUCUCUGACACCAUUGUUCAACCAGAGAGCUACGAGGAUGCAUCGGACCGGGUCAAGAUCCAUCUCACUCCAUGGGAUCUCUUCCUCCUUCGAACCGAAUACGCUCAACGAGCUCUCAUCUUUCCGAAACCCGACCCGGAAACCCAUAUGAUCUCUCGACUAAAGUCUUCUCUUUCCACCGCUUUGAAUGUUUUCUAUCCAUAUGCGGGACGUCUAGUCAAGAUCGACAACGAAGACGGCGAAACGGCGUCGUUUUACAUAGAUUGCGAUGGUUCAGGUGUCAAGUUCGUGCAUGCAGCUGCCGUGACAGUCACGGUGAAUGAUGUUUUAGAACCGGCAUAUAGUUAUUGGAGCGAGUUUUUUCCCGCGAACGGAGUUAAAAGCUGUGAAGCGGUUUCGAAGCCGUUGCUUGCGUUCCAAGUAACGGAGUUAAAAGACGGAGUUUUCAUAGCAUUUAGUUAUAACCAUCUGGUUACAGACGGAGCUUCGGUGUGGAGUUUCUUCAAAACUUGGACGGAGAUUUUCUCUACCGGCAGGGAAAAGUUUCCUCCACUGUCUCUCUGUGGGUGGUUUCUCAGCGGGAUUGAUUACCCGAUCCGAGUUCCCAUCUCAGAGACGGUACCAUCACCUGUAACUGGACUUAGUGAUGCUGAUUCGUUCUUAGGAAAGAAGAUCUUUCGGUUCACGAGUAGACACAUCUCUCAGCUUAAAGCUAAAGCCAACGGUGAGGUUGGUGUUGGUUCUGAUGUAAUCUCUUCGUUUCAAGCCGUGGUAGGGCAUACGUGGCGAGCAAUAAUCAGAAGCAGUGAUCUCAAUCCUGAAGAAGUGAUUCACUGCAAGCUGGCGAUGGACAUUAGACAGAGGCUAAACCCUCCGGUCGGAAAAGAGUGUUUUGGAAACAUGGUUGGACUGGCGACAACCACCACAACCGCAGGAGAAUUGGUUAAGAAUGGGCUUGGUUGGGCUGGGUUGCAACUGAACAAAACUGUGGGGUUACAAACGAAUGAAGAGUUGAGACGGUUUGCUGAGAAUUGGGUGAAGAAUCCGAAAAUUCCGAAUCGUGUGGUGGUUAAUGAUUCGCUCACUGUUACUGGAUCUCCACGGUUCGAUGUGUUUGAAAAUGAUUUCGGUUGGGGGAAACCGAUUGUGGUUCGAGGUGGACCGGGAAUUACUGGCCAUGGUAAAAUCAUUACUUACCCGGGAACUGAAAAAGGAAGCACGGAGAUUCAUACGUCUCUAUGGUCUCACGUUUUGGACAAGUUAUUGGUUGAUGAAGAGUUUUUACAGCAUGUCGAUCUCGUUUAA